AUGGCCCUGCUUAGGAAGUACGUGAAGUUCCCCACAUCCAGCCACGUGCACUGCUGUGCUAACGGGAAACCUCUUCAUAUAACUGCUCAAAACUGGGACACGGAGGCGUGGCAGCGGGACCCCGACUUCUCGGGUCUGCAGAGAGUCGGGGGCGUGGACGUGUCCUUUGUGAAAGGGGACAGCGUCAACGCCUGCGCCUCCCUGGUAGUGCUCAGCUACCCUGAGCUCGAGGUGGUGUAUGAGGAGUGCCGCAUGGUGAACCUGCUGGCCCCCUAUGUGUCAGGCUUCCUGGCCUUCCGAGAGGUACCCUUCCUGGCGGAGGCCGUGCGGCAGCUGCAGGAGAAGGAGCCCAGCCUCUUGCCCCAGGUUCUUCUUGUGGAUGGAAAUGGGCUGUUACACCACCGAGGCUUUGGGGUGGCCUGCCACCUUGGCGUCCUCACAGACCUGCCCUGCAUUGGAGUGGCCAAGAAGCUUCUGCAGGUGGACGGCCUGGAGAAGAACAACCUGCACAAGGAGAAGAUACAACUCCUGCAGGCUGGAGGAGACACGUUUCCUCUGGUGGGGGACUCUGGGAUCGUCCUGGGAAUGGCCCUGAAGAGCCAUGACCGCAGCACCAACCCCCUCUAUGUCUCCGUGGGCCACAAGAUAAGCCUGGAGGCCGCCGUGCGCCUUACCCGAGCUUGCUGCAGGUUCCGGAUCCCAGAGCCCGUGCGCCAGGCUGACAUCCGCUCCCGCGAGUACAUCCGCAGAACCCUGGGGCUCCCCGUGCCCCCCGCCCCCAGGAUCCAGAAGGCAAAGACGCCAGAGGCAUGCCCCCAAGGAGGCCCGGGAAAGCCCGCGGGUGAGGGCAAGCCCCCUGAGGACCGCAGCCCAGGCCCUGGGGCAGAUCUGGACGCUCCAACCCAGGCGUCCAGGGACAGUGGGGCAUGGGCUGGUGGCCGAGCAGAGCUGGAUGCCAUGAAGACUCAGGGUUCCCCUACGCUGGCCUCCAGGAGCAUGACAGGCCCCGGGGGGACUCAUCUUGGGAGCUGUGGGGAGCUUCAGCCCCACAGCAGCAGUAUGGGGUCCGUGCCAGGUGACCAGACCUUCAGCCCCCAGCCACCUGCCCAUCCUCCAGGCUGCUGCCGCCAACCCGCAGUGGCAAGCAGGUUCCAGUGUGUCCUGCAGGCACCCCCUCGGGUGCCUGCCUCCUGGCCGCUGGUUCUCUCUGGCACCCCCCUCACCUCCCUCACUCACCUGGGCGUCUGCUCACCCCCGUCCCGGCCCUAA